AGUUUUUUUUUUUCUUCUUUUUGCCAGGAAGAAAGUCGAAAGGGGAAUGAGAGACGACGCUGCCGAAUGGGGCAGUAAGUUGUUUCUUAAAUAUGACUGGCCCCCUUUUAACAUCGUGCAUCAUAUUCUAUUUGUCCAUUGGGGCUGCGAUAUUUCAAAUUCUUGAAGAGCCAAACUGGAAAUUGGCAAGGAGCAAAUAUGUUCUUCAAAAGGAACAGAUUUUGAAGAAGUACCCCUGCCUUAGGAAAGAGGAUCUGGAUGAAAUUCUUGAGGUCGUGUCAGAGGCUGCGGGCCAAGGUGUGAUCAUCACUGGGGAGAAACAUCACACCAUGUGGGACUGGGGGAAUUCCGUCAUCUUUGCUGCGACUAUUGUCACAACAAUAGGUUAUGGUAAUGUCGCCCCAAAGACUAAUGGAGGUCGAAUCUUUUGCAUCCUGUAUGGUCUGUGUGGCAUCCCGCUGUGUCUGGUGUGGAUCAGUAAGCUGGGUUCGUUUUUUGGAGACCGGGCUAAACGUCUCUCCCAGAUUCUCAUCCGCAAAAACAUGCCAGUGAAACGUGUUCAGCUCAUCUGCACCAUUAUUUUCUUGUUAUGGGGGCUCUUCGUGCACUUGGUGAUCCCUCCGCUUAUUUUCAUGUCCUUGGAAGGAUGGAGUUAUUUGGAAGGCCUCUAUUUUUCUUUCAUCACCCUCACAACUGUCGGCUUCGGAGAUUACGUGGCAGGUGUGAAUCCAAAUAUUGAAUACCCGAGGUUGUACAGAGUUUUUGCGGAGCUAUGGAUCUACAUGGGACUGGCGUGGCUGUCUCUGUUCUUCAGCUGGAACGUAAACAUGGUCGUGGAGGCUCACAAGGUGCUGAAGAAAAGACGACACAAACGCCGACCCUUCCUCGACCGCGAACCGGAGUCCGAAAAAAACACGCCCGAGUCGGGCGACAGGCCGACCGUCGUUGAUAUUUUUAGCUUCUUAUCGGAUAAGGGAGAAGACUACAGCACGGUCAUCAAGGAGAUUGGCAAAAGCGAAAAACCAAAUUCCGCUGCCCUUUUCAAUCGCUCCAAAAGCUGCAGCGACAUUGUGACCACCAACAUCGAGACGCUGGAUCACUCGCCGCGACACAGAUAUUUGUUGAGCAUCAGCGAAGUGUUCAUCAACCCAACGAAUGACGCUUGCCAAGCCAGAGAGAGUCAAUCUGUUGACCAAGAAACUUCCACGACAAAAGAACCAGCCGAGCAAUCGGAAACCGAUGAGACGUUAGAUGAAGUUCAAGAUUCACCAAACCGUGACAUUAUACUAUUUACUGUGCCAGCCUCAGGAAGCACACAAGAAGAAAUCACACAGCCAAGUGAUGGUUUGCCUCGGUUUAUAAUAUCAAAAGUAGAAGAAGAAGACACUUUACUUAAUAAGGAUGAAAAGGGCUAAAGAUUCAAAUUGUACUGAAUGUUUUGGAGAAAUAAUCCAGCAUAUGUGCCAAAGAGAUGAUAUUCAGUUGGACAUAAUCUCUGCUUUGGUUCAAAUUUAUGGCUCCAAUUUUUCUACACCACACUGAUGAAUGUUGUACUUCUGUUACAUUUCAUUGCUAGUGAUACUCAGGAAUGUAUUUGUAAUGUGUUUUACAAUUGGUGUAAUUUAUUUGCUGUUAUUGUUCCAUUCUUGUCUACCUAUUACAAUCAAUGUACAUUAAUUUGAGUGUUAAUGUAGUUUUUUUGUUUGUUUUUGUGAUUGUAUCAUUAUGGUAAAAGCGUGUUGUUACAGCUGUUGUGAAAUGCACUAUUCAUUUUUAUUUUUUGUAUUGUGUUGCAUUAUGAUUUGCUCCAAAAUGUGUUUUUGUAUCUCAGGCUAAUCUGCAUGAAGUUCUAUCAACAUACAUUUUUACAGGAAGACGAGAAUUACAAAUAUUUUGUCUCAUAAAAUUAUUUUUCAA